UUGAACUUCACCUUUCACUUCCAAUAAUCUGAGCGGAAAGUUAGAAACACCCUCUGCACAGAAUCCUCCUCCUCCAUUCAGGACAGGGCAGGAGGCAGAGGACGUGUCCCGCACCCAGAAAAACCUACCAUGGCGGCUGCUGCAAAUAAGAAUGUGGAGUUUGUGCGAACGGGGUACGGCAAGAACAUGGUGAAGGUGCUGUUCAUCAGGAGACAGGGCAGCCGCCAUUCCAUCAUCGAGCUGAGGGCGGAUGUGGAGCUCACGCUCAACUCCCGCAAGGACUACCUGACCGGAGAUAACUCGGACAUCAUUCCUACCGACACCGUCAAGAACACCGUCCACGCCCUGGCCAAAAUCAAAGGGGUGAAGACAAUUGAGCAAUUCUCCCUGGACAUCUGUCACCACUUCCUGACCUCUUUCAAUCAUGUGCUGAGAGCCAAAGUGUACAUGGAGGAGGCUCCAUGGAAAAGGCUGGAAAAGAACGGAGUUGAGCACGUUCACGCUUUUAUCCACACCCCAGACGCCUACCGCUUUUGUGAAGUUGAACAAAACCUCAAUGGCCUCCCAGUGAUCCACAGUGGAGUGAAGGACAUGAAAGUCCUGAAAACCACGCAGUCUGGCUUCGAGGGGUUUUUCCGGGACCGUUUCACUACACUUCAAGAAGCCAAGGACAGGUUUUUCUGCACUUCUGUCUACUCUAGGUGGCGCUACAACAAGUCUCAGGAUGUGGACUUUGAUGCCGCCUGGAAGUGCGUCAAGGACACAAUUAUUGAAAAGUUUGCUGGUCCAUUCAGUCGUGGAGAGUUCUCACCUUCUGUGCAGAAGACUCUUUAUGAAACACAGGUUCUGGUUCUGGACAGAAUUCCUGAGGUGGAAGAAAUCGAGAUAGUGAUGCCCAACCAGCAUUAUUUCAUCAUUGACAUGACCAAAAUGGGUCUCGACAACAAAGAAGAGGUGUAUCUUCCCCUGGAUAACCCCUCUGGGAACAUCACGGGGACUGUCUGCAGGAAACGAGCAAAACUUUGAAAGCAGUUUAAGCGACAACCUAAACAGAAAAGUUCUUCUGAAACCACGUGGACAAUGAUAAGAAUAAGAGUCUAAGAUAAUCAGGAAAGUUGAUCUUGAAUGAGUUUGGUGUAAAAUAAUAAAAAGAAGUGGCUGUCAAUAAAGAA